GCUCGUAAACGUCUGAUGUAAACGGAUAGUAGUUCUCACACUGUCACAGUCAAAUCAGUAGGUGACCAUAUGGUUCCCUUGAGAAGAGAAGAGGGGGUGUAUCCCUGUUUGGGGUUGAGAAAAAAGAGGAGGGGUGUUAAUGACCACUAUCCCGGUCAUAAAAGAAGGCGGGUCUUUCUUUCGGAUGAAUGAACAAACAGAUAAGUACUGAGCUAGGCUUUGUUAAAGGGUCACAUGAAAGAGUGAGAGGGGGCAGAGGGACUAGCAUGGGCUAAGAAUUUAUAUGGUCACAUGGGAUUUUGGUAUCAGUCUGAGAUUCAUUAAAACUUUAUUUUAAUUAUUUACAAAGGAUUAAGUUUUUGGAGUUAAUGAUUUAUGAGUUUGCUGGGGGUCGGUGAUUUGUUAUAGCUCUGUGUCUCAGUCUGAAAUAGGCCAUUCUUCCAGGUUGGCUAAUGAGGAAUACGACAUGUGCUGAACGUUCAGGAUCCCAACAGACAGCAGUCAAGCGUCCACCAUCCAGGAUUUUAAUAUGUUGCUCAAGAAGGUCCGAUUUCAGGAUUCUCAUGUCCCUGAGCGAGUAAGUGACACGCUGGUCAUGGAUAGUUUGAACCAAAGUCUUAGCAGUGGACAUCAGUCUCAUCAGCUGCUCCAGAGCACUCCACUGGAUUUGAUCGAGACUGGGAAAGCACUGAAGUUCCAAGCAGAGCGCCCCCAUUUGGUCAGUUUAGGAAGUGGCCGUCUCAGUACAGCUAUCACCCUUUUACCCCUGCCUGAAGGGAAGACCACUCUGGGUCAUGGAGCCAUGGACAUCAACAUCCAGGGCCCAGGGAUCGCAGCUCAGCAUUGCUUUAUCGAGAACAGGGCUGGAGUCAUCACACUGCACCCCUGUGGAAACCAGUGUAGCAUGGAUGGACUACCGGUCACCAAGCCUGUGCGCCUGUCUCAAGGCUGUAUGCUGUGUUUCGGCCAGUCCGCGUUCUUCCGCUUUAACCACCCCGAGGAGGCUUUCCGAAUGAAAAGCAUGAUGCCUGAGGGAGGACAGAAAGCCAGUGUGAAAAACUGGGCCCAUACAGAUUCUGAGAACCUGGUCAAUGGGAACCACCCAUCAGGAGCGCCAAAAUCUCACUUGGUCUCCAACGAGAGAGUGCGCCCUGAGCACAGUGCCAUAGUCAGUUCCAUUGAGAAAGACCUCCAGGACAUUAUGGACUCAUUAGUCAUGGAUGACCCUCAACCCUCUUCCUCUGAGUCAAAGAAGCCUUCUGGUCAGCCCAUCUCCCAGUCUCCCCUGUCCCCCAUGUUAAAUGGAGGGGGGCGCUUCCUUCUCUCACCCCCAACGAGCCCUGGUGCUAUGUCUGUGGGCUCCAGUUAUGAGAAUACCUCCCCUCCUUUCUCUCCACUCUCGUCCCCGUCAGCCGCCAGCAGUGGCAGCUGCACCAGUCCCUCGCCGAGUGGUUGUCAGGACCAGCUUCAUACGCUUCCUCCUGUGCCAGUGAGGUCUUCUAGUUACAAUUACACCAGCCAGCCGCCCAUACCUCAUCCACGGACCAUACUGCCCAACUAUUCCGGCGGCAGCAGUGGGCCAAAGGUGCCUGAGAGUCCCAGACUCCAGCGAAAGGCUCUUUUAGAAGCACCGCCAAGCCCAAAGCCAAGUCGUAGGGGGUUGAACCAAGACAGCUCGGUGGCUAAAACCCCAGACAGCCCCAUACAGACUCACAUUCUGCCCUCAGUCUCCAUCUCUACUGCUCCGACUGAUGCCCCAUCUGUCAGUCGGGUACCAGUUCCAGGUAGCCCCAGAUUCUCCCCCAAAUUCUCCACCGCAUCCCCAUCCUCCUCACCCUCUAGUCCUAGAACCAAAACUGCCAUUGUUCUCCAGGAUCGCCCUUCAAGUCCUUUCCGGGAGCAGCCUCAGCCAGACCGCUCCUUGGCGUCCAGCCCCUCUCAGCAACUCUCCCCACCCUCACGAUCUUUCCAGCCCCCCUUAGACCCCAUUGUCCACAUCAUUCAGGGUGGACCUCCACACCCGCAUCCUCGCACACUGCAGCCUCCAGAAAGUCCGCGGCUGGCCCGCAGGAACCUUGAAGGGAGCAGCAUGAGGGAACUUCCCCCUCUCAGCCCCUCUAUAGCCCGCAGGGGGGUUCCUGUGCUCCCAGGAGCUCUACCAGGAACCCUGCGGACUCCAGAGAGCCCAUGUCCAAGAAUUGUGCCAGAGAGUCCCAGACUCCGACGGAAAGCAGGGUCUCCUACGGAGGAGCCUUUCAGUCCUCGUGUGGUGCGUGCUCGUAGUCCUUCACCCACCUCCGGACUGAUGGGGGAAGGCAGUGGACGGAAGGGCAGUUUUGGGAACACGCUGUCUUCGGCCUUCAGCCUGGGUUCUCUACCUGGGUCAUCGCCCCGAUCCAGUCCCAGGAGCCACCGGAAGAUGUCGGCAGGCCACAGGGACCUCAGGAUGCCUCACCCAGGCAUGAGGGAGCGCAAAAACAGCAUUACGGAGAUCAGUGACAAUGAAGAUGAUCUUCUGGAGUACCACCGACGCCAAAGAGAAGAGCGACUCAGAGAGCAGGAAAUGGAGAGGCUGGAACGGCAGCGGCUGGAGACAAUCUUGAACCUAUGUGCCGAGUAUAACAAGGGUGAUGGGCCGGCGGGAGAUCUGGGCAGGAUGGGCGUCUCUGGGCUUGGCUCGAGGGAGGGGCUUAACAGACGUCCUUCCAUGGACAGUGUGAGCAGCGCUUCCCUGAGGGUGGCACAGAGACAACGUGAGAGCCAAGAGGAGAACCUGAAGGAAGACAGCAGUAGCACUGAGAGUGCGCAGCAGGACGGACGGACCCUACCAGCGCUUCUAAAUGGACAAAAUGGACAGGCAGAAGAGUCUCUGGGAUCAGGCAGCAUUGGCCGUCUGGAACUGGGAUACCUGGAGGAGGAGCGGGUCCGAGUGCUGGCAAAGGUAGAUGAGCUCAAAGCUCGAAUCACAGAACUGGAGCAGCAACUUCAGGAGUCCAAACAAGAGGCGGAGAUGGAGAGAGCUCUGCUACAGGGAGAGAGACAGGCCGAGCUGGAGCAAAUCGAGGCCGAGACUGAGAUUAUCAGCCAGCUGCAGCGCAAACUCGGCGAACUGGAGAACACCAUCCAGAGAGAGAAAGACAAGGCAUACCAUUCUGCCGGAUGGCCACUCAAGGCCCAUUCUGGUCUCGAUUGCCAUCCCAAGGAGAGGGCUAAUGUUGACGUGGAGCGGGAAGCCCUGGAGAGGCUUCAGGAUGGGUUCAAUGAGUUGACGAGCCAGCUCCAUAACUGCCCUGAGUCUCUGAGGGAGCAGUUACAGGAACAACUCAAGAGGGAAGCUGAGACUCUUGAGGCUGCGACAAAGCAGUUUGAGGACCUGGAGUUCCAGCAGUUAGAGAAGGAGAGCAGUCUAGAGGAGGAGCGUGAGACCAUCAGCCAGCAGCUGCUGCAGGACAGAGCUCAGUACCACAGCAGCGUUGCCAAAAGAAAGGACAAGGUUGCAGCAUUGGAAAGCCAGGCUAGUCAGCUGGGAAUGCAGGCUGCUCAGGAGUAUGAGAGGCUGGCCAAGGACAGAAGCAUCACCUUGCAGCUGCUACAGAAGGAAAAAGAAAGGCUGGCCAGUCUGGAGAGAAGAUACCAGAGCCUAACUGGUGGAAAGACCUUCCCCAAAACCUCCAAUACUAUAAAGGAGGAUGUGCUUCACAUCAGCGAGGCUGACCUGUUAGAUGGUGACCAGCCCUACUCCUCCCCUUUUCAUGCUUCCUCAUUCCACUCAUAUCCCAUCAUGCCUCAGGAGGUAACUGAACUAACUGAGUACUUGAAGAUGUCGGAUGUUUAUAAGAUGUAUGGGAGUGAUUGCCAUGACAUCCAGCUCGCCAACGCUUCCUCACAUGGCCUCUCGCUUGCCCUUGACCCAGCUGUAACUGCCCCCCGUGAGGAGUAUGUGACUGUCGGCCAAUUAAACCAGAUCUAUGGGAUGCCGAAGGUGGAGUCUUCCCCUACCUCACCCAUCCAAUUACUUCAGUCUUCUCUAGCAGACUCUGCCUUCUCCUGCCUCCCCUCCCCUCAUGGCUCCUCCCUCUCUCUCUCCUUUGAGCGUCAGUCGGAUUGGGGCAGGCCUCAGAUGCCGGCUCUAGAUUUAGAUCGCUGGUACCAGGAGGUAAUGGCAGCUAGAUAUGCAAACCAGCUCUGCCCUCCUCCCCUCCCGGCUAAAGCUUUCUCAUCACGCAAGCCUGCGCAGGUGUACCGCUCUCGACUGGACAGUGAUACCAGCCAAUCGUCACUGAGAACGAAAAUCAGCGCCGGUCUGUCCCCCACAUACACUACGGCUACGCUGGGACGCAACACUCCUGCCAGGAGUCCUCUGAUGGUAGCCAACAGCACCGGGAGUCUCCCACGCAACCUGGCAGCCACCCUGCAGGACAUUGAGACCAAGAGGCAGCUUGCUCUUCAGCAGAAAGGUCAGCAGGUUAUUGAGGAGCAGCGGAGGCGUUUGGCCGAGCUGAAGCAGAAAGCUGCAGUAGAGGCUCAGUGCCAGUGGGAGGCGCUCCAUGGCUCUCAAACGCAACUCAACAAUCCCUUUUCCUCAACCUCCGCACCAGUCAUGCACCACUCCAUCCUACACCACACAGCGCCCUCUUCAGGGGAACAACCGUAUGACACCCUCAGCCUGGAGAGCUCGGACAGCAUGGACACAAGCAUCUCCACUGGAAACAACUCUGCCUGCUCUCCUGACAACAUGUCCAGUGCCAGUGGUAUGGAUGCACUGAAGAUCGAAGAGAUGGAGAAGUUGUUGAAGGAGGCACAACUGGAGAAAGCUCGACUCAUUGAGUCCAGAGAACGAGAGACUCAGGCCCGUAAACUCAUGCUAGAGGAAGAGAGAAGAAGAAGGGAGGAGGCGGAGAAGAGACUGCAGGAGGAGACGGUACACAGACAGCAGCUGAUAGAGAAGGAGGUGAAGAUGAGGUCCAAAAACUUCUCUCAGGCCCGUCCGAUGACACGAUACCUGCCCAUUCGCAAAGAGGAGUUUGACCUCCGUUCCCACAUCGAGUCCUCAGGUCACAGCGUGGACACGUGCUACCACGUGAUUCUCACAGAAAAGAUGUGCAAGGGCUACCUUGUCAAGAUGGGAGGGAAGAUCAAAUCCUGGAGGAAGCGCUGGUUCGUCUUUGAUCGCCUUAAAAGGACGUUUUCCUACUACGCCGAUAAACAUGAGAGCAAAUUGAAGGGCGUCAUCUACUUCCAGGCUAUUGAGGAGGUUUACUAUGAUCACCUGCGCAGUGCCACAAAGAAAGGAUUUUUCAAUCUGAAUUUGACAAACAGCCCCAACCCCUCUCUGACCUUCUGUGUGAAGACGCACGACAGACUGUAUUACAUGGUGGCCCCCUCCGCAGAGGCCAUGAGGAUCUGGAUGGAUGUGAUAGUGACAGGAGCCGAGGGCUACACGCAGUUCAUGAACUGAGAUAAAAACCACCGCUGCUUGCUGACCCACGCGUCAAAACGGAAAACGAUCGGCAGGGAGACUUUAAAUGACCCAGACCUGUUAUUCCCAACGAGAGGAAAAACUUUAUUUUGUUACUUCCUUUUUUUUUUUCUUCUUCUUCUCGUGUUUCCUGAAGAUGUUGUAUAUUCACUCAGCUGCACAGACAGAUAUCCACCAGAGGUUUUCCACGUCUGCCUGGAUUGAAAAAGGGAGCUCAAGAAGACGAAAAGACCCGGUGAACCAAACCUGCAGGUGGUGGCUGACUCGCCAUCUACGAAAAUGCCUUUUUGCCGUCAGAGAUAUUUUUCAGUUGCAGUUUAUCUUGUCUGGAUGUGCAGAAACGUGUAAUAGACUUUCAUUUGUAACGUUUGUCCCACGAUUUGUCUUUUCAAACAUAAUGGGAAAAAUGCCAAAUGACAUCAAGCCAUUCUGGAAUAGCAUUGCGCUAAAUAUUCGAUGGGAUUGACCGACACAAAAUGGUGAGAGAAUAUUUUGAGAGAAUACUGCAGUACGUGAUGUUUUAAAUUAAAUUUACAAGAGUAUACUAUUCACAUUUAAAGAUCCAGUAUCACAGAAACAAAGACUUAAUCCACCAAAGCUCACCUACCAGCUCAGGAGUCUAUAUUUAUUGUAGAGGGACAUCAGUGACUCCUGUCCAACUGUAUCCCACUGUGUUCCCAGCUUACUCUUUUAGAUACAGAACCACAACCGCAUGCACACACACCAUGUUACAACCGUAGAGUCUGUUUGCCAAGUCCUGACAACUUGAUCUUGUGAUUUGACUCCCAAGGGAGGCAGCCAUUUCCUAUCACUGCCAGCCUAUGAGAGUUUGGAAUAAUUGCCACAAACAGGAGAAAAAGGAACAACAUCAUAAUCAUGCAAGUCAUGCAGUGCCUUGAUAUUGUCCCAUAUUUGUCACUCUUAGUAUUUGAACUGUUACACUAGUGAAAAAUUGCUGGAAUCACAGGCUUAAGGUGCGGUCAUAUUAGCGAAAUUUCGCAAUUUAGCAACAUAUGAAGCACAGCUUCAAGCUUGUUUGUAUUUGUGGCAAAUUCAUGAAUUGCAAAUUUUUUGUGGGGAAUUCUUUCGCCCUCAUCCAUGUGUGGCUUCCUAUUGAAAUGACUGUACUUCGACGCCGAAAAUUUGCCAAACAACAGUAAACGUGACCGCACCUUUAUUUCAUGUGGUACACAGUGGGUUUUACUGUUUUUCCAGACAGCAACAUAGUGUCGGCCCAGAUCCGGGCCACAUCUGGUACAUGUGAAUUCCACUCGUACCAGAUGUGGGCCGGGUCUGGGCCAACACUAUGUUGCUGUCUGGGUUAGGAGAUUGUGAACAGACACGUACUGUAAUUAAAAAAAAAAAAAAAAAGGUGACCUAUUUAAAUCAGUCUGAAACUGCUUUAAUAAAAUUUAAGGAGCUAUUCAAAGGGUUUAGUAGCUCUUGAAGUAUUAUUAAAGGGAUAGUUCACUCAAAAAUGAAAAUUCUGUAAUUAAUUUCUCACCCUCAUGUCGUUCUAAACCCACAAGACCUUACGUUCAUCUUCGGAACAUUAAGAUACCCCCCCAGAAAGCAAUUUAACCACCAGAAAGGUCAAACAAAACAAAAAUACCGACUUUAUUCAACAAUAUCUUCUCUUCUUUGUCAUUCUCCUAUGCUGUUUACAUUCAGCGCUUCCAGGUUUUAUUAAGGUUUAAAAUUAAGGUUUAACCACUGUAGUCACGUGGACUAUUUUAACGAAGUCUUUAGUACCUUUCUGGACCUUGAAAGUGGUGGUUAAAAUGCUGACUAUGGGGGAUAAAAAACCUUGGAUUUAAUCAAAAAUAUCUUAAUUUGUGUUCCGAAAAUGAAUGAAGGUCUUACAGGUGUAAAACAACAUGAGGGUGAGUAAUUAUUGACAAUUUAAUUUUUUCAAAUUUCAUUUCAUGACAGGCAGGCUAUUAACUAGUCUGCCCAACCUUGUGUUUGUUUGGGGAAAAUAAAGUGUUUAUUUAUGAUUAGCGAUGUUAGCAGCUACGACACUGUUUAAAAAAAAGACCAAUGUGUUCUGUUUUCUCCCAAAACCAGAUUGUAUGUUCAAACGAAAAUCUACAGAGAACUCAAAUCAACAUGAAUAAUUAGUCUUCAUUUAGCGUGUAAGAUGUCUGAGUACUAUCACACAACUAGCUGAAAACAGUGUUGUAAAAUGUUGAACAUGAAUACAGUCACAGUUUUCCUUGUA